AUGGAAUAUUCGUACCUGAACCAGCCCCCCUUCGACCCCAGCUGCUCUCUUAGUGCAAUGGAACUGCCAAGUUGUCAGUUGCCUUGCUCUUACGCAGACUUAGGAUCUUGCAGUCAGAUGACAACUGCAGCAGCCUACAGGUAUAGCACCGCAGCCGUUCCGAGGUCUUUUGGGGGCCCAACAUCUGUGGGGCCCCCUCCAUGUGGCAUGGUGGCUGCAAGACCCCGACAUGACCAGGGCCCUGCUUCUGUCUUCAGUUCCGCCGGAAUGGCAUUGCAAAGCGGUUUACCUUACAAAGUAUACACAGGCCAUGAUGGUGUGCUCACCGAAAAGAGAAAACAACGUCGUAUCCGGACCACUUUCACAAGCUCACAGCUGAAAGAACUCGAACGCGCCUUCCAAGAAACCCACUACCCCGACAUUUACACGCGGGAAGAAAUAGCGAUGAAGACCGACCUCACGGAAGCCAGGGUGCAGGUGUGGUUCCAGAAUCGGCGCGCAAAGUUCCGUAAGCAAGAACGCCUAAACCAGCAGAAACAGUCUCAAGGUUCCCAAGCCAACAGCAACAACAGCAGUACGUCCAGUACGUCCUCUACGACCAACAAUGGCACAGACAGCACAGUCUCCAGUCUCAAGGAAGGGUCUGGUAACACAAACUGCGUAGGCAAGGACACCAAACCGCCCGUCCUAUCCGUCAUCAGCCCCGAUUCGAAGGUGGUGAACGGAAAAAUAUCUCCUUCAGUGAAGUGGAGUACAUCUCACUGCCCACAGCAGAAACCAGCAGUCGCAGCAAUCAGUCCGCUGACGUCACUCGCGACAUCCUGUCCAACAUCAUCAUUUCCUGGAGUUUUGGGUUCGGUUCCUUAUCCCCUAUCGUCUUCAAUUGACACCAAACCAACAGCUCUAGCAUCCAUGUUCUGA